UUUUUUUCUCACAUUACUUUGGCCUCUGCUCCCUUUAAUGACAUUAAUCAAUGUUAUGUUCUUUUGUUGCAAACCCAAAAAUGUCCUUCUCCUUUAUUCCCAAAUCCCAACAUAUAGCUAACCCUACUCCCAAUUCUUAUUUGCUAGGGAGCUGUUGUUGCAGUGGUGAUGAGAUAAAGCUACUGGUGGAGGCGACGGUGAAGGGUGAAUUGUCGCUUAUUCCCUGGGCUCCCUCUUCCCCUCCGAACCAAGACCCUUUCGCUCUAAACCUAAUGUCAACAACUCAUGGGAACUCAAAAGUUAGCAAGAUCUAUGAGAUUGAUCGUUGCGACAACGUUCGAUAUCAGUCUCUUCAUGCUCAUUAUUGUUUGGGCACACUGCUUCCAUAACAACUACAACAGUUGGUUCAGUGACGAGGUUGGCUCAUGGAAGUUAACAAUGUUCCAACAUUUGAAUUUCGCAGCAGAGGGUGUGUUGGAGUGUUCAUCAAUGUCUGAUAAGAUAUUGGAGAUGGGAUCCAUGGAAAUGAUUUACAGAGUGGAAAUGCUAGGUAGCAAGAUCUUUACAAUUAAGAAUUUAUGGCUGAAGUAAAAGGAGAAUAUCAAACAAAUGAGAGGGUUUUUGGCUAUGGCAGACAUGCAACAACAGGGAGUGCACCAUGUUGCUUUAUGAGUGUCCAAUGACAAUUCAGAUGAUUUUUUCAGCCUUAGUUUUUUGGUUUUGUGAGCAUUUCUACAUCUGUUAUGUUCUUCAUUCAUAACUGAAAAAAGUUAGAUAGUGGGAGACUCAUUUAUAUGCUGACAAGGGUGUUUGGUAUAGUUGAGGUUAUUUAUUCUUUAUGCUUAAAUGUUUAACAUAAAUAGCAUAUAACCUAUCAUAGUUUUUGUGAUC